CAAACGAAUAUUGAACAACUGACAGAAACAACAUGGAAUUGUGAUUUGUUUGGUUCAGGCAGAGGAACAAAAACAAGCAGCCCAGAUUUUGUUCAUUAUUUCAUGACGCCUCUUGGAUGUGACGGGAGUUUUCUAACUACCAUUCAUAAUGGCUCCACCUAUCGUGUCAACCAUGAAGCUUUGACUUGGACAGAUGCCCAGAUUAGAUGCCGUGAGUAUGGGGGAACUCUCGCUACCAUAGAGGAUGCGAGUGAACAAGCAGACUUGCAGACCUACUUACAGAAUAAUGGCCAGAGUACUGUGUCCUACUCUAUUGGCCUUAAUAAAAGAGCCGACUCACAGACCUGGGUGUGGUCAACAACUGGAGAAACUCCAACAUACUUAUCUUGGGCACCUGAUGAGCCUUAUACUGGAGAUGGCCAAGAAUGUGUUAUGAUGUGUUAUCAUCAGAAUUACGAUUGGUGUGACACAUCUUGUUCAUCUUUAAAGGGAUUUAUUUGUGAAUGCUAAUUGCAGGCCGCAGUAGCUCCCUUAAUGUACCCAAGAAUG